AUGUGAAGGGUCUUUUCUGGUUCCGGUUCAGAGUGGGACCGGUGGGGGUGGGGGUGCCCCCCUCAUCCGCAGGACACCAGGCGAAAUGGCAGACUGCUCCGCCCUUCAGUUCGUCAGCCCCUAUGCUUUCGAAGCCAUGCAGAAGGUGGAUGUCAUGCGCUUAGCAGCCCUGAGUGACCCCGAGCUCCGGUUGUUGCUGCCUUGCUUGGUGCGAAUGGCCUUGUGUGCCCCAGCUGAUCAGAGCCAGAGCUGGGCUCAGGAUAAGAAACUGAUCCUCCGCCUGCUUUCGGGGGUGGAAGCGGUCAAUUCCAUAGUGGCCUUGCUGUCCGUGGAUUUCCAUGCCUUGGAGCAGGAUGCCAAUAAAGAGCAGCAACUCAGGCAUAAGCUUGGAGGGGGAAGUGGCGAGAGCAUCUUGGUGUCUCAGCUGCAGCACGGUCUGACGCUGGAGUUCGAGCACAGCGAUUCCCCUCGUCGGCUCCGCCUUGUGCUUAGUGAAUUACUGGCAAUCAUGAACAAGGUGGCAGAUUCCAACGGAGAGUUUUUCUUCAAAUCAUCGGAACUGUUUGAGAGCCCUGUUUAUCUGGAGGAAGCAGCAGAUGUGCUCUGCAUCUUACAAGCAGAGCUGCCUUCGCUGUUACCAAUUGUGGAUGCGGCUGAAGCUUUGCUGCACAUUAAGAAUGGCGUGUGGUUCCUUUGUCUCUUGGUCGCCAAUGUUCCCGACAGCUUUAAUGAAGUUUGUAGGGGAUUGAUUAAGAACGGCGAGCGGCAGGAUGAGGAAAGUUUCGGAGGCCGUCGGAGGACAGAGGCUCUCCGCCAUCUUUGCAAGAUGAAUCCAUCCCAGGCAUUGAGGGUUCGCGGCAUGGUGGUGGAAGAGUGCCACUUGCCAGGCCUUGGAGUGGCCUUGACUUUGGAUCACACGAAGAAUGAGUCUUCGGAGGAUGGUGUGAGUGACCUGGUAUGCUUCGUAAGUGGCUUGUUGCUCGGGACCAACGCAAAAGUGAGGACCUGGUUUGGAACUUUUAUCCGGAAUGGGCAACAGAGAAAGAGGGAGACCAUCAGCUCGGUGCUUUGGCAGAUGAGAAGGCAGCUGCUCUUGGAACUAAUGGGGAUCCUGCCCACAGUUCGCAGCACGCACAUUACAGAAGAAGCGGAGGGCGACACGGAGCCCAACGUUUCGGUCUAUUCAGGGCUGAAGGAGGAACAUGUGGUGAAAGCCAGCGCCCUCCUGCGCCUCUACUGUGCGUUGAUGGGCAUUGCCGGUUUGAAGCCGACGGAUGAGGAGGCUGAGCAGCUGCUUCAGCUCAUGACAAGCCGUCCCCCGGCCACUCCUGCUGGUGUCCGCUUUGUCUCCCUCUCGUUCUGCAUGCUGCUGGCUUUCUCCACCCUAGUCAGCACUCCAGAACAAGAGCAGCUGAUGGUGAUGUGGCUAAGCUGGAUGAUCAAAGAAGAAGCUUAUUUUGAGAGCACUUCCGGAGUGUCCGCUUCCUUUGGGGAGAUGCUCUUGUUGGUGGCCAUGUACUUCCAUAGCAACCAGCUCAGCGCUAUCAUUGACUUGGUGUGUUCCACUCUGGGCAUGAAGAUUGUGAUAAAGCCGAGUUCUCUCAGCCGCAUGAAGACCAUCUUCACACAGGAGAUUUUCACUGAACAGGUCGUCACCGCUCAUGCAGUCCGUGUGGCUGUCACUGGCAACCUGAGCGCUAACAUCACUGGUUUCCUGCCCAUUCAUUGUAUCUACCAACUUCUCAGGAGCCGAUCAUUCACCAAGCACAAAGUCUCCAUCAAGGACUGGAUUUACAGGCAGCUGUGUGAAACCACCACGCCGCUUCAUCCCCAGUUACUUCCUCUCAUCGAUGUCUACAUCAACUCUGUUCUUACGCCAGCUUCGAAAUCCAACCCAGAAGCCACAAACCAGCCAAUCACACAGGAGGAAAUCUUAAAUGUUUUCCAAGGACUCACUGGGGGAGAAAAUGCUCGCCUGAAUCAGCAUUAUGGCAUCACAGCUCAGCUUCUGGUCCUGUAUUAUGUUCUGUCUUACGAAGAGGCGAUCCUGGCAAGCUCAAAAACACUGGCUGCCAUGCAGAGAAAGCCCAAGUCUUACUCUUCCGCAUUGAUGGACCAGAUCCCGGUCAAGUACCUCAUCCGGCAGGCUCAAGGGCUACAGCAGGAACUGGGAGGCUUGCAUUCUGCCUUGCUGCGUCUGCUGGCGACCAACUAUCCCCACCUUUGCAUUGUGGACGACUGGAUCUGUGAGGAGCACAUCACGGGUACCGACGCCUUGCUUCGCAGGAUGCUCCUGACCAACACGGCCAAAAAUCACUCUCCCAAGCAGCUCCAAGAGGCAUUUUCAGCACUGCAAAGCAACCACACCCAAGUCCUGCAGAUCCUGGAACAUCUGACACUCCUCUCGGCUGGAGAGCUGAUCCCGUACGCAGAGGCCUUGACAUCCAACAUGAACCGCCUGCUGUACUUCGGAAUCCCUCGGCGGAUCCUUCAGACCGCCAACAGGCUUUGGAUGGCUUUGAACACGGUGAUGCCUCGAAGGUUGUGGGUGAUGACUGUGAAUGCCUUGCAGUCUUCAGGCAAGAUGGUCAGGCAGCAGAAGUAUACUCAGAAGGACCUGAUGAUCGACCCCCUGAUUGUGUUAAGAUGUGAUCAGAGAGUCCACAGGUGUCCUCCUUUGAUGGAUAUCACCUUGCACAUGCUGAAUGGGUACCUUCUUGCUUCAAAAGCUUACCUGAGUGCCCAUCUCAAAGAAACGGCAGAACAAGAUAUCAGGCCAUCCCACAACAACAUGAUGGGCCUGGAAGCCACCGAAGUCACUCGAGAGGAGCUCAAAAAUGCAUUGCUUGCUGCUCAGGACAGUGCUGCAGUCCAGAUCCUCCUGGAGAUCUGCCUGCCGAUGGACGAGGAGAAGCCUCUGGGCGGCAGCUCCUACAGGCUCCUGAAAAGCAUCCCGGGCACUGCCAUUUCCGGCCCUGGGAAAAAGCAAUUGGAAGAGGAGGAGGAAGAGGACAGCCUUCUCUGCAAUCUCCGCGAGGUGCAGUGCCUUAUCUGCUGCCACUUGCACCAGAUGUUCAUCGCGGAUCCCAACAUUGCCAAACUGGUUCACUUCCAGGGCUAUCCAUGUGAACUGCUUCCGCUGACAGUGGCUGGCAUCCCAUCUAUGCACAUCUGCUUGGACUUCAUACCUGAGCUGAUUGCUCAGCCUGAGCUGGAAAAACAGAUUUUUGCCAUCCAGUUGCUUUCUUAUUUGUGCAUCCAGUAUGCUCUACCGAAAUCGCUCAGUGUGGCACGCUUGGCUAUCAAUGUCAUGGGGACACUGCUGACAGUUUUAACCCAGGCGAAGCGGUUCACCUUCUUCAUGCCAACCUUGCCCUGCUUGGUCUCAUUUUGCCAAGCUUUUCCUCCGCUCUACGAGGAUAUCGUCUCUCUGCUUAUCCAGAUCGGACAAGUGUGUGCCUCAGAUGUUGCCACAGAGACAAGAGAUUUUGACCCAAUCAUUACACGUCUCCAGCAGCUGAAGGAGAAGCCAUGUGAGUGGGCAAGACUCCUUAAGGAACCAGCUUGUAAAACUGGAGCUGGGGACAGCAAUAGCACAGACCCCAAUGUCAAACUGUGCCACUGUAUUGAGAGAACCUUCAUUGACAUAAUUAACAUGAGCGUGGGGGGAGUAUAAGCAAAGCAGAAAUGGAAAGACCAACACCGAGUUCUGAGAUGUACAGUGACUUCUUUUGGGGUCAGAGUGAACCGGAGAGAAACCGGGAAUGGGAUUGGCGUACGCAGCGAUUUCCCCAUCUGUUUGCAUUGAACACAGACAUGUCUGGUAAGGGGUCAGGGGCUUGCUUCCUGUGAAAGCAUCGUGGAUCCUUCUGACGAUCCCUGUGUAGGUCUUUUGCAGCCAUAUUUGACUAGUUUUUUGAAAGGCAAGUCUUGCAAACAUCAAAUAAAAUGUGCCAACAUGUUUUUGGAAAAAUUAGUGACCUACCAUAUUUUUUAAAAAAAUGUUUUUAGUGUGUUUUGUACUUUUUGGUCCUGGAUACUAUCCUGCCUCAUUUCUUAUUAAAAGAGGUGCGGGUGAACCUCAAAAAAAAAAAAAAGGAGUCAAACAGACACUUGCCUCAGAAGUACCAAUUAUUACUCAGCUAAAGUCACGGAGUGCAGCAGAUUGGCAGGAAGAAGAGGGAACGCCUCUCACACAUGCAUUCUUGGAGGGGACGGAGCUGUUGGCCGUGGGAGGCCCCAGUGGGCCAGUUCCAGAAAAGGUGCAAAGUUUAGAGCCAGGAGACUUCUUGCCUUUCUCUCAGCCCUCUGCUGCUUGGAACUGCAGAUUGGUGAGCAGCUUUUCCUGAGAUGCGGAAAUGGGAAAUGCGGUUUGUUUUGGCGUUCGCUUCCUCCUAAAGCUGGCUGUGAGGUAGUCGGCUGUGGCUAUGAAGUUCAUCUGAGGUGCAAGCAGUGACGCAGCUCGUCUGUAAUCACUUGUUGCCUGCUGCUUGGAUUUGGCAUGCAGGCUUCCCUUUGCCUGUCCCUCUUGUACGGAAACCUCUUGUCAUAUUUCUACUUCAGUCUGAAUACUAACUUUUUUGCUGAACAGAUGACAUUCUGAAACUUUUUUUGUAAGCUGGUCUCAUUUUUAAAAGUGUAUAUUUGUACUGUUGGGGUUUUUUUUUGUAAUGUUACGUCAAAAAUAUUUCAUAAAUAUCUUUGACAACUGGACCAGAGCUAAGUUUGCUGGGUGUUUUGUCCCCCCUCUCUUUUGGGCACUGGUUUGAAUGCUCAUCAUGUCAGAGGGGAAAAAACAUAAAACACAGCCUGAGAAUGUUCCUGUGAAUUAUUCUGAUUUGCAUGUUGGGGGGGGGGGUGGAUACUUUGAAAGAGCAUGCACAGUAGCCAAAAACACCAAUAGGGAAUGACCGUUGUGCUUUUACCCAGCAGAGCGUUACAAAUAAUGUUUAUACAGUCCUAUUGAUUGAAAAUAAAUAAAAAAACAGAUUUGUAAUAAAUGAACAGAAGUAAACCCCAGAAUGCAGUUUCACAAUACAGGAUACAUUAAGGAAGUAUUUCAUAUAUCCCAAAAACACCAUUUGGAAGUUAAUAUCUGUUCGGAUGCGUGUCUUUAAUGCUGUUAACAAGCUUUCCAAGGGUUUUCAAGCACUGUCUUGAAACAAUUCCAAGUUUUUGUUUUUCAUGUUAUUCAUUUUAUUGAUAUUGCUGGAAUUUACAUAAAUGUAAGGAUUAGCAGCUGGCUCUCGAGCGGUAUCUGCCAUCCUCCAAGAAGUUCUAGUUGGCUCAGAAGAUUUUGUGGAGGGAAGCAUGGUUAUUGAAAGACUUCUUGCAAGGUAACAGGCAGCCCUUCCUGAUCAAACUGGUCUUCUCAUAAAAUGAUCUGCCUGUUAUAGACUAACAAUAUUUUGACUUGAUUUGAGAAUAAGAUUUUGUUUCCAGACAAUUAAAAGACUGUGUAACAUAUUUUCAAGCUUUUCCCAUAGUGUUAAUCAACACUGCCAGUUGGAUCUUGAAAAUAUUCUUUAGAAAUAUUAUCCUUCAGACCUCUCAAUAUGCUUUGCUGGAUAUUGCCAGUACAGAUCAGCAUUACAUUCUGACCUUAUGUAUGGGGAAAACUUGUAUGUUAUGUUUAAUAUUUUUAGCAGGCUGCAGUGUGGUUGGUUUGUUACACCGACAGAUGUAAAAUGUAUAUAUAUAUUGGCACGGACUUGAUUUUUUAGGCUGCAAUGUUUUACAUACCAUGGGUAUGUAAAUUUAGUUUGAAAAUAUCUGUGUGUUUCUUAUAAA